AUGCGCUUCCCUGCCCUGCAGCCCUGGAGGCAGCUGGGACGCAUUCCAGGAGGGCAGGAGAAUGCCUUCCAUCGGCAAGGUUCCUGGGAUAGACUCUUCCUACCCGUAGUGCCAUUAGGUGGGCGUUUUGCUUUGGAGGUGAAUCUCCUGGAAAAUUACAGCCCGUGUGCAGUGACUGUGGGCCUGGGGCGGCACAGGAGCAGUAUAAGGGGAAAUUCUCCACGCUCUCUCAUCCACUGCUCUCGCUUCCAUCUCCUUGAGGACAAGGUGAAGCUCUCUCAUCCAGACAUGUCCUGCUACAGCCCGUGCGUGCCCUGCCAGCCCUGCGGCCCGACCCCGCUGGCCAACAGCUGCAAUGAGCCCUGUGUCAGGCAGUGCCAGGACUCCAAUGUCUUCAUCCAGCCCUCCCCCGUGGUGGUGACCCUGCCCGGCCCCAUCCUCAGCUCCUUCCCACAGAACACCGCCGUGGGCUCCUCCACCUCCGCUGCCGUUGGCAGCAUCCUCAGCUCCGAGGGAGUGCCCAUCAACUCCGGGGGCUUUGGCCUCUCCGGCUUGGGCCUCUCCGGCUUGGGCGGCCGCUACGGUGGCAGUAGGUGCCUCCCCUGCUAAAGCUGCUGGCGACGGCCCUGGGGAAGGGCCCAGGGACACAGAAGAUGGCACUCCACUGGCGGUCACAGACUCCUUUCUGACCGUGAUGCUCCCUGCUCUGUGACCUCUACUCUGAUUGACCUCGCUCCCCUAUUUUGCCUCAUUAAAUCUCUGUAGCAGCCCAGUCCAUGCCUUUGUCUUGUCCUUUCCCCUGCAGAUGCUCUCCCAAGAUGCCCAGGGAGAGAGAUGUUGCACAAAGGGUUCUGGGACUGGGUGUUGGAUAUUAUUGCGCAGUUAUUGUCAACAUGGGUUUGCACUGAGUUUUCUCAGUCAUGAAUUCUGUGACUCUCUUGUUUCUGAACUUCUCUGCCAAUGUGGUGUAUAGCAGGACUGAAUGACUGAAUGACCCAGUCACUACCAUCAGCUGGGUGCAUACACCUCUUCCUUUUCCUUGGGAAGCUCAGCGUUGUGAAGAAGGCAGUCAGGAGAAGAAAGGAUGAAUUGUUAUUGACAGGGCAGCAUCAACACCUUCCCCAGAAAGCACAGGAGAACUUGCCCUUUCGCAGCAUUGAGAUUUUGAGUUGCAGGGCGGGAGAACACCAGCCAGAAAAUCAAACCGUAACAACAGUAAAGGAACAUACUGCCACAGCGUCCGUGGGAAACCACUGUCUCUACAGCUGGGCUCCACAGGUCUUGUGGGCUCUGAUCCGGUGCAGAGAUGUUGUGGCAAUCUGCUUUUUCUUUACGCAGAGGAUUCAGGAGAGUUCCUGCACACUGCCUGUCUCCUUGGCCAAGUAGCUGAGUCCUUCCUCCUCAUUGCCAGCCCUAUCCCUGCCAGAGGGCAGAGGCACAAAGGCCAUCCUGGCAUGAUGGGAUCACAGCGUACUCAAGUUAGAAAGUACCUCCAGAGGUCAUAGGGCCCAACCCCUUGCUCCAAGAUCAAUCAGACAUGAGCAUCCAAGCCCUGUUACUGCACUACCUCCCCAGGCAACCUUUUCCACUCCUUGACUCUCUUCCUGGUGAAAACCAGUUGCUGCCGAUCGAGUCCAAACCUCUCAU